AUGAUUAUAUCAACCGUUACUCUUUCAUUAGUUUUAUUAUGUUCAGUUUCAAUGGCUAAUUCAACGUCUGUGGCGACGGACGCGGAAGACCGUCUGAUGGUUGAUUUAUUCCGAGGUUAUAAUUCCCUCGUUCAACCUGUUCGGAAUAAAAACGAAUUACCUAUGAUUGUUAAAAUUGCUAUGCAAUUAGUUCUUUUAAUAAAUGUGGAUGAGAAGGAACAAGUUAUGCACACAAACGUCUGGCUUACUCUGAAAUGGCAUGACUUCCAAAUGCAAUGGGAACCAAAAGAUUACGAUGGAAUUACUCAAAUACGAGUAGCUCCCGAUAAGAUCUGGCUACCCGAUAUUGUUCUUUUCAAUAAUGCCGAUGGAAACUAUGAAGUGUCUUUUAUGUGCAAUGCUUUAAUUCAUCAUACAGGAGAUGUUUUGUGGGUUCCACCAGCUAUUUACAAGAGUUCUUGUAUAAUCGAUGUUGAGUUUUUCCCUUUCGAUGACCAAAGAUGCAGUUUAACAUUUGGAAGUUGGACGUAUAAUCGAGAUGAAAUAAAGCUCGACUUUCUCCAUGCAGACCGAGUUGAUUUCUCGGAGUAUGCAACCAGCAGUAUUUGGGACAUGAUGGAUGCGCCAGCAGUGCUAACAGAAGAUAGAAGUCGAAUAGAGUUUCAAGUUCGAAUAAGGCGGAAAACUUUGUUCUAUACCGUUGUUCUGAUUCUCCCGACUGUUUUAAUGGCAUUCUUGAAUGUGACUGUCUUUUAUCUUCCAACAGCUUCUGGAGAAAAAAUGGGUCUGACGAUGAACGUUCUUCUAUCAAUUGUUGUGUUUCUUCUUCUUGUCUCAAAAAUUCUACCCCCAACAUCAUCCUCAAUUCCAUUAGUGGCCAAAUAUCUAUUAUUAACAUUCGUUUUGAAUAUUAUAACAAUUGUUGUAACUGUUGUCAUAUGUAACAUCUACUUCCGCUCCCCGAUAACUCAUCGUCUGCCCCCAUGGGUGAGGACAGUCUUCUUAGAUGUCUUACCAUUACUCAUGUGCAUGCAAAGACCUCACAGAGCCAAUGUCUUACACAAGAAGAAAAUCAAAGAGCCAAAUCCAGAAAUCGCUACUCAUACCCAUCAUCCACAUUGUCGCGCAAAAGAACAUAAAGAUGGAGCGCCAUUAAUUCGAAUUCAACACGAUGCGUGUGAAGAUUUGUCUCCAGAAGCUCAACGAGCAAUCGAUGCCAUCGAUUACGUCACAGAGAAUAUGAAAGAAGCUGAGAUUACGAAGCAGUACCGAGAUGAUUGGAAGUAUGUCGCAAUGGUUGUCGAUCGUUUACUACUCUAUGGCUUCUUCGGAAUCACAUUAGGUGGUACUAUAGGAAUUUUAUUCUCAGCGCCAACUGUUUUCGAGCGUGUCGAUGAGCAGAAGCAACUACAGAAAUUGAUCUAUUUGUACAAACAAGGAUUACCUUUGAACGAUACCAUGAUUGUAAUUUGA